CAGGCAUGUCACUCCAGAAGUCAGGAGGUAGAACCACAUAACAUUAACAAAGACUUCGAGACGUUGCAUGGCGCACAUCCCACAUCUCUACCUAGAUGUACAUAACGCUUGCAUCAUGCCGAAGAUGAGGCAGUACGUCUUUCUGGUGGACGGCUUGCGUGAACUGCGCUGUGCUUACACCAGGAAAGUGCGGGUGGUGGGUCUCGCRGUCAGGCAACUGCACAUGAUCAUGUCCCAGAGGUGUCACGGGGAGCUGGUGUUCACCACUGAUGACUGUACAGCCUUGGACCGCCCGCCGAUGAGCUGGAGCCGGAAAUGACAAUGCCACUGUUUGAUGGGAGGGAGAGAGAGAGAGAGAGGGAGAGA